GAAACGGAAAAGUCGAAAUACUGUAAAAUAAAAUUUGGGUAUUUUUCCUUUUCUAUUCCCAAGUUAACCCUAAUAUCUCCAACAACUCUCUUCCUAUAUAAUCAAACGCCUCUCAACGACGAACUCUUUAUUCCGUAUCAAUCGCUUCUUGUGUCUUCGAUUUCCUCCUCGUCUAAUAGAAAGAGAGUUUUGCUUACAGGAGAUUGGGUUUUGCAGUUUUUCGUCACCUGCAAGUGGAGACAGAAUCGGAUAUUUGAAGCUUCUUUUAUGUCUGACAAGAUUUCCCCGUUUUGCUGUCGAUCUGGUUGCUUGGAAGAUACUGUCCUACUUCCAGAAUUAAGAACUACAAGUUCUUCCAUAACUCUAGGCUCACGCAUCUUCAAACCGGAGACUCCUUUGAAGAUUGUCGCUCAGUUUCCCGGUUCACAAAAAGCCAUUGGUUCUUUUUUCCCCGUCUGACAAGAUCUCUCAAGGAUGGCUCUGCAGAACAUUGGUGAAUCCAACCGUAACGAUGCCUUUUACAGGUACAAGAUGCCAAAGAUGCUUACCAAGACUGAAGGCAAAGGCAAUGGCAUCAAGACCAACAUUAUCAACAAUGUUGAGAUUGCCAAAGCCUUGGGGAGGCCUCCUUCUUACACGACCAAGUACUUUGGCUGUGAGCUCGGUGCUCAGUCCAAAUUUGACGAGAAGACGGGGACAUCGCUUGUGAACGGAGCCCACACCACCCCCAAGCUUGCCUCGCUUCUGGAGGUUUUCAUUAAGAAGUAUGUCCAGUGCUAUGGAUGUGGCAACCCUGAGACUGAGAUUAUUAUCACAAAGACGCAGAUGGUGAAUCUCAAGUGUGCUGCUUGCGGGUUUAUCUCUGAGGUUGACAUGAGGGAUAAACUGACUACAUUCAUUCUGAAGAACCCACCGGAGGCGAAGAAGGGCUCAAAGGACAAGAAGGCAAUGAGAAGGGCUGAGAAGGAGAGGCUCAAAGAAGGUGAAGCAGCCGAUGAGGAGCAGAGAAAGCUGAAGAAGGAAGCUAAGAAGAAAGCUUCUACCAACGGGAAGGAUGCUUCUUCUUCUAAGACGUCCAAGAAUCAUACUUCUGAUGAGGAUAUCAGCCCGAAGCAUGAUGAGAUUGCGCAGGAGGUGGACGAUGAUGAAGACGAUGAUGAUAUCCAGUGGCAAACCGAUACUUCCCGAGAAGCCGCUGAGAAAAGAAUGAAAGAACAGUUGAGUGCUGCGACUGCAGAGUUGGUGAUGCUCACUGCUAGAGAAGAAGAAGAGAAAAAGGUUCCCAAAAGCCUAGCCAACGGAGAAACUGAGAAACCGCAGGAGGAGAAGAAGCUCUUUCAAGAAAUGAAAGAGUAUCUGAAGAAAGGUUCACCGAUAAGCGAUCUCAAAACUUUCAUCUCCUCUCGCUCGGAUCCUCGUCAAGACGUCAUGGACGCACUCUUCAGUGCUCUCUUUGAUGGUGUGGGCAAAGGAUUUGCAAAGGAAGUGACGAAGAAGAAGAACUACUUGGUGGCUGCAACGCAAGAGGAUGGAUCACAGAUGCAUCUUCUCAAUUCGAUCGAAUCAUUCUGCGGAAAGAAUGGAAACGAAGAAGCGGUCAAAGAGGUGGCUCUGGUUCUUAAAGCAUUGUACGAUCAAGACAUCAUUGAGGAAGAGUUUGUUUUGGAAUGGUACCAAAAGGGUCUGACCGGAGUUGACAAAAGCUCGCCGGUUUGGAAAAAGGUGCAGCCUUUUGUCGACUGGCUCCAGAGCGCCGAGUCUGAGUCGGAAGAGGAGGAUUGAGACUUCUUUUGGCUCUUUGGCUGUUUCUUUUUAAUGGGUUUUGUGUCAGUUUUUCGUCUGUUUUUCGUCUGUUUUCAGUAAGCAUUUUCUUUUGCAUACAAUAAUGGAACAAUAAUCUACAAAUGGUUGCUCGUACUUGUUGCUAUUCAAGGAAUCUAUAAAAAUGAGUUUGUGGUGUUAUAA